GGUUCAAAACGUGUGUCAUAUUCUUAUCAACAAUGCGUACAUUAGGCAAGAGUUCAUGAUCCAACAUGGCAGAUGUACCUAGCGAGGCUCCCGAACACUGCCCUGGAACCCAGAGUGAUAAUGCCGGCAAAGCAUCGGCUUGUGCGGGCUGCCCGAAUCAGUCGCUGUGCUCGUCCGGUGCCGCCAGGCAGCCGGAUCCUGGCAUUGCGCUUGUGAAGGAAAGGCUAUCCUCAGUGCGGAGUAAGCUGCUGGUGCUCUCGGGCAAGGGCGGAGUGGGCAAGAGUACCGUGACGUCGUUGCUGUCCAGGUGUCUUGCGGCAAAUAAUCCUGACAGAAAUGUGGGAGUAUUGGACAUCGACAUUUGCGGGCCAUCGCAGCCAAGAGUACUGGGAGCACUUGGUGAGCAGGUUCACCAGAGUGGAUCGGGAUGGUCCCCUGUGUAUAUCGAGGAUAACUUGUCGCUGAUGUCGAUUGGAUUUUUGCUCGGCAGUCCGAGUGACGCGGUUAUAUGGAGAGGGCCGAAGAAGAAUGGUAUGAUCAGGCAGUUCCUGUCGGAAGUCGACUGGGGUAGUUUGGAUUAUCUCAUUCUGGAUACACCGCCUGGCACGUCGGACGAACACCUGUCAGCCGCGUCGUAUCUCAAGGGCGCCGGCAUUACGGGUGCCAUAAUUGUCACGACGCCGCCGCAAGUUGCCCUCCUCGACGUCAGGAAGGAGAUAGACUUCUGCAGGAAGGUGAACAUUCCAAUUAUGGGCGUGGUUGAAAACAUGAGUGUCUUCGUGUGCCCCAAGUGCAAGAACACCGCGGAAAUAUUCCCAGCUUCGUCGGGCGGCGCGCGGACGAUGUCGAGUGAAUUAAAUGUGGAAUUCUUAGGCUCGAUACCUUUAGACCCGCUGCUGGCCAGAUGUUGCGACGAGGGUAAAAACUUUCUGACAGAGAUGCCGGACUCGCCAGUCGUUAGCGCUUUAAACGAAAUUACCAAGAGUAUCGCUCGAAAGUGUGAAGAAGAGAAAGAGAACUGUCCCAGUAAUUCUUAACGCAAACUACAUCUUUUGUACAAAGAUUUGUAUGUAAACGCGCCUGUAUUGCUGACUAAGUCUAUAAUAAAGAGACCCGUUCUGUUCUAAUGCAA